UUUCAUGACUGUUCUCUUGUUUUCAACAGACGUGAAAUGAUGAAGUCAAGAAGUUUUCCGUUGUCUCUCGUUUUGCUUGGGGCUUUCCUGUCGUUCACAAGGGGAUGGAUGGACUUGGAUGGGAGCAGACGGCCGCACUCAGACCUGGGGAGGCUGCACCAAGAGAUAUCCGGAAGGUUUGAAGUCACAAGAAGAAAAGUUCUUUAUGGUCAGGAUGGCCUCCAUGCAUCAUGUGAGAAGAAGUACUGCGGCCGAGGGAGUAGGUGUGUGGUGAACAGGGACACCAACCAGCCUGAGUGCAGGUGUAUAGAAGACUGCAAGUCCAGCUACAUGCCAAUAUGUGGAUCUGAUGGCAAAUUUUAUGAAAAUCACUGUCAGUUACAUCGAGCCUCCUGUCUUCAGAGGAAGAAAAUCUACAUUAUCCACAGCAAGGACUGUUUCUUCAAAGGUAGGACAUCAUUAAAAAUGAAUACUUCUGUAUAACUUCCAUCACUCAUCCUACUGUAAUCCUGGUAAAUGACUGAGUAAUGUGCUUUAUUUCUGAGAGAUGAAUUUAUAAAGGAUGAUUUAUUCUGGGUCUCUGUAGAACAGAAUGCAAUGUUUUAUGCAGUUAUCUAAGCCCCUGCGUGUUGUCACCCAAAAUGUAAUCAAACUGUGAUCGAAUAAAUAAUUAACAUUGGUGCAUGCUUUGAGUGCACUGCAGUUAUACUGUAUUCAGUACUGACAGCUUCCAGUGUAAUAACCUUUUACAAGCUGAUUUGUUGGCUAAGGCUUGGACAAGGACUAAGACGUUAUGAAAAAUGUGUACAGUAUUAACAAAAAUCCGUUGCACAAGUGAGGGGAAAAAAAAUAAUUGUCUCCUAAUACUGAAUGUAGAAGCUGAAUCUGUACCAGCUGAGCAGUAUCGUUCACUGCCUGCUCUCCAAGCCCUGGCAGUGAGGGUCUGACAGAUUUGGUAGUGUGGUUGUGCUGGGACAUUUAGGGAUCUGUCAUCUUCAUGGGGUCGAUGUUUCCCCAAAAGCACCUCAGUGAUAAUUAGACUUUAGCCCAUGUAGGCAAGUGACACAGGCAAAGGAGAAAAGUUGUUGAAAUGAAGUUAGAGAAGCAGGAAACAUACCAUCAGAACCAAAGAAGAAUGACAGGCAAAUAGAUGAUGAAGUGUUGAAGAUGUUCUCCUGCAGAAAAGAAGUGGCAGAUCGGUUGGUUGUAAGAAUGUCUGUGCCCAGAAGUGAAACACUUCAAAUGGCUUUCUGAGGCUGGGUAUUUGGGCUCUGAAGCAAGGCUUACAUGCAGCUGUUCAAAAAUGUUUGCUAU